AUAGUCAGUCUGACUUCUUAUUUGUUAUUUUACAUGAGCUGAUUCACGGAUUGGGGUUUACUUCUGGUUAUGAUGAUUAUAUUAAUACCACACCGCAAGCAUUGACUCCACAAAUCAUGUACACUCAGAGUUCCAAUGGUAUUACAUUCAAUAGUUUUUUGGAAAUGGUAUUUGAUAAAUGUAUGGUUAUCCUCCCAUCUGGUCAACGUGUAUCAAAUAUUACUCAACAACUAAAUACCUUUAAAGGAACAUUUACUAAUGGUCAAGAUUUUAUAACCAAAUUCAAAGCUUCUUCCCAAUACCAAUUGGCUCUUCAACUGAUGACUGAUGCCAUCACACCUAAUUCUUUAGGACUUUUACCCGUUAAUUCCACUAAUGUUAAAAAUGCUAUAAUUCUUGAGACAACAUUAAAUCCUUAUAGAUCUGGAUCAAGUGUUAGUCAUUUAGAUUAUAAAACUUAUACUAGAACUAGUGACUUUUUAAUGAGAUAUUUACAAGAACGUGGUAUAUCAUUACGUCAAUCUGUAGCUUUGGGUGGAAAUUAUCCUAAUGGUCCUAUAGGUCCAAACUUAAGAUUGUUUUUACAAUCAAUAGGAUAUACUAUUCAAUAUAAACCUGGUCCAUUUGAUCCUAUCCCUGGUUUCAAUCCAUUCGAUA